AUGGCUGCGGUUUUGUCUGACGAGGAGGAACUAAUCAAUGGGUUAGGUAGUGAAAUGUUAAUGCCACCUACCGGUAAUCAUAUGGCAAGAACCGGUAAAAGGUGGUCUGGGAGUGGAAGUGGUCGUGUGAAUGAUUUGAAGCGUCCGACAUCGGAUGGUGUGCAUUUAAGUGUGGAAGCUGAGGAUUACAUAUCUCCGGGGCAACUUUAUUCUACUGAAUCUGGUAGACUGUUUCAUGCUGGUCGUAUACUAAUCGUAUUAGUAGGUCUUCCGGCAACCUCUAAGACUUUGCUGUCGGUUGCUAUUACUAGAUACACCAGGUGGCUAGGAGUCAGGACCAAAUCCUUCCAUGUUUCGGAGUACAGGAGGAAGCAAGGUUUAGAGGUACCUGAUGACUAUUUUUCUGCUCUUCCUGCGACUAAGGAAGGUAUGGAGAGCAGAAAGAAGAUCUUUAGUACUGUCUUUGAUGAGAUGUUGAGUAUUUUUCUAGAAACUAAGGGACAAUUGGCAGUAUAUGACGCAUUGAACAUUCGCCGCGAUGAGAGGAAAGAUUUAGAGGCUAAGUUUCGUGCUCUGAAUAUCAAAGUGUUGUUCAUUGAAUCGGUGAUGACGGAUAAUGAUUUGGUAGCUCGAAACAUCGGUAUGGCCGCACAAUCUGCCGAUUAUAAGGGAUUGACGAAGGAAAAGGCUAGGUCGGCUUUCAUGAGGCGGUUGCUCGUGAACAAACCACUAUAUGAAGAGAUAUCACCAGAAGAGAACUUGAGUUAUGUGAAAUAUAUCAAUUUCGGCGAAAGGCUAAUCGUCAACAACAACCGGUACGGGUACCUAAUCAAUAAGAUUGUCUUCUUCUUAAUGAAUCUUCGCGAUAAGAAAGGUUGUGUCUAUUUCGCACGUUGUGGUACCAGUGAUAACGACAAGUAUAUUGAUGAUGAAGUCUUAAACAGCGAUGGACUGCGAUACUCCGAGAUUUUAGCAGAUUUGGUGCUCGACCGUAUAAAUAGCAGAAGGCUGUCUCGCCAUGGAACACCCAAUUCAUCAGCCAACGGGUCUACUCCCGUACCGGAUGAAAUGGGGAAGAAGGAAAGCUCUUUGAUACCUACUAUGGCUACAUUACACAGAACAGCGUCAAGGGGUAAUCACAAGAUGAGACAGGUCGCUGAUUGGGAUGGUGCCGAUGAGGACUCGUUUGUCGUUUGGACAGCUCCAAGAAAGAGAACUUAUGAUACUGCCAAAUUUUUCAUGGAUAAAGGUGUGGUAAUCCGUCAAAGGUUCCAACUGCAACAGCUACAUCCUGGUCUUGUAGCCGAUCUCACCGAGGAACAGAUCAAGGAAAAAUACCCUGAAGAGUACGGCGAAUAUUUGAAGGACAAGUAUCACUACCGCUUCCCAAGAGCUGAGUCAUACCACGACUUGGCCGUAAGAAUGGAACCACUUCUCCUUGAAAUGGAGAGAAUGCAGGGAGAUAUUCUGAUAAUUGGACAUGAAUCGACCUUGAAAGUGCUAUAUGGGUAUCUUAUGGCCUGCACAUGUGAAGAACUACCAAGCUUGAGCUUUCCCCGCGAUGAGCUGAUCGAAAUUUCGUUUAGCCCUUUCCAAAACAAAGCAGAAAGAAUUCCUAUUCCCCAAGAUUGA